CAUGUCCAUGUUCAUUGAACAUUUGGCUUGUGUACAUAGAACUGAAUACUUAACAUACUCAACAAAAAUGUACCCUGCCAUAUCAACAAUGACCAGAUGUUUAUUAACCCUUUAUGGGCUUCAAUUCCAUUUUCAUUAAGUAAUGUAAUUGUGUUCAUGUCCAUUAUGAUUGAAGUCAUGGACAUGCCAAUCAGUGAUAUUAAAUCAUGUAUUUUCUGACACUGAAGUUUAUUAACUGGCAUUUUUAAUUAAAGUUUGAGUAUCAGCUGAGGGUAAAUUUGAGUCAAGAUUAAAGUAAAAUUAGUCUGAGUCAAUGAGGAGUUUAAGUAAACCAAGUUUGAGUGAGCUGAUAUUGAUGAAAUGACUGAAAAAAUGGGGUGAAACUCGAGGGAUAUCAGACUUUGUUCAAGUUAGCAGAGAGUUUGAGUUAACCAGAGUUAAAGUGGUUCUUUCUUCUUACAUCUUUCCUUGAGAUAUUUAGUCAUAUACAUCUCUUUCUUUUUCUUAUUAUCUUUAUCAUUUGAGCAUGUCAAUAUUGUUCUAUUCUGUACUGACAAAUUCUCAAAAAAUACCAUAUGAUAGCAACAACCAAAAGUUUUUCUUUUUGGUAGUGCUGGGUGAAAAUUGUAGGGUCAUGGAAAUCUCAGCAUGGAGAAGGAAUGGGGCAAAAAGUCUAUCAAUUUUUCUGUAAUAGGUAUAUUUGUAGUUUGUACUAUACUCAUACACAUGAUUUUCUCAAUGUUAUCAAUAGUUCCCAAAGAGACAGAACUGUCCAGAGUAAUGAUUAUUCAGCACCUAAACAACCCUCAUCCAGUUAUGAUGUGUCUGACACAUGGGAAUAUUCCCCUCAGCUGACGUUCUCACGACACUUCGAGAUGUUGUCACUGGUUUGUGACUUUUGUAAGAAAGAAGUGGUCAUCAUGAAAUCACAGUGCUGCAUUGGUAAAUACCAUAAAGAGUGCCUCAACAAGUAUGAUGACAAAAGAUGCCCUUACUGCCGGCGUCCCACACAAGAGGGUGGUGGAAGAAAUGGUGGUGGAGAAGAUGACAUUGGAAGCAAUGGUGGAGGAAGAGGGAGAGGAGGAGGAGGAGGAGGAGGAGGAGGAGGAAGAGGACAUGAUGGUGAAAGAGUGGAUGACAGAGGAGCUGACAGCCCAGGAGGAGGUGAUGGCAGAGUAAGUGAUGGCGAAGGAGGAAGUGAAAUCAUGGAAGGGGAUGAAAGUGACCGCAGUGGUGGAGGGGAUGAUGAUGAUGGUGGUGGUGGUGGUGGUAGUGGUGGUGGUGGUAGUGGAGGUUCACCAUCAACCUCUCAACCACCACAACAACUAUCUUAUCCUCAGGUGUUGUUGUUAGCACACUUUUUUCCGGAACUUUUCCUUCCUCACUCAGGAGGUGAUGGGGAAGGAGGUGAUGGAGAAGGAGGUGAUGGGGAAGGAGGUGAUGGGGGAAGACGUGACAGGGGAAGACGUGAUGGCGGAGAAGGUGAUGGCAGAGUAGGUGAUGGGGAAGAAGAUGAUGACGGAGGAGGUGAUGGCAGAGUAGGUGAUUGGGAAGGAGGUGAUGGUAGAGUAGGUGAUAGGGAAGGAGGUGAUGGCAGCGUAGGUGGUGGGGAAGGAGGUGAUGGGGGAGAAGGUGAUGGCAUAGGAGGUGAUGGCAGAGUAGGUGAUGGGGAAGGAGGUGAUGGUGGAGGAGGUGAUGGUGGAGGAGGUGAUGGUGGAGGAGGUGAUGGCAGAGGAGGUGAUGGCGGGGGAGGUGAUGGCAGAGGAGGGGAUGGUGGAGGAGGUGAUGGUAGGGGAGGUGAUGGCAGAGGAGGUGAUGGCAAAGGAGGUGAUGGCGGAGGAGGUGAUGGCAGAGGAGGUAAUGGUGAAGGAGGGAGUGAAAUCAUGGAAGGGGAUGAAGGUGACCAUGAAGAUGGGAGGGAUGAUGAUGGUGAUGGUGGUGGUAGUGGAGGAGGGUCACUAUUACCCGUUUACCAUGAUUUGCAAGAAAUGGAAGAUUCAAGAGAAAUUCUUACUAACAAUCAGGAUGACAAUGAGGUAGCAACUCAUGGUAGAAGGCAUACUCCAGUGGAAGGCAUACAUUGGGAUCCCACUGAGAGGCACACUUAUCAGCUGCCAAUUCAAGAAGAAUUGGAGCUCAGUAUUUAGAUGACCUCCCUGAUGGAGCUUUGUGCUAGUCUUUAGGGUUUCAAGACAAAAUCACUUUUGUUGUGAGUAAGCUUGUAGAAAUCUAGUGAGAUUGUGUCAGUGGUGAGCUGGGAUAUAGAAUGUGAUGGGUUUAAUUAAGUUUAUUAACGAUUAGUAUCGUACUGCUUCUGGGAGUUGCUCCUACUCGCUGUUUAAUAAAGUAGUUGAGUUUGUAAGAUUAUAGUGUUUUUCUGUCGGUUAGAUUAUACCGUAACACUUUGCAGUGAAACCAUUCAGUCGAACUCAGCUGCGCCUCAAUCAAUAAGGUUCUAGACGAUGUAAAAUUGUGGCCGAUUUGUCAGGCAAAAAUGCGUUAUGAAGUGUUACGUUCUCGAUUAUUUUAUUGCUUGGACCUUUAACUCAGUGUUUGAAGAAUUUUGAUCUAGUCACUCUAUGAAUUGAUUAGAUUGAUUAGAUUGCUUUGCUUGCUUUGUUGUAACAGAUCUCGAAACCUCCAGAAGCUCGUAAAUGCGUUAUUAAAUUAGUAAUUAAGUCUCGUGAUCAAUCAAUCAAUCAAUCAAUUAAUUAUAUUUAAAGAGAGGAACACUUGACAGUAGUGAAACUAAUGACCUCGUGGCCAUAAAGCUUAAAAUAUAAAAACAAAAUAAGCAAUGAUCUAUACUACAAAUGUUACGUACUGCAAAAAGCAAUAAAAAAAAUAAGUAUAGGUCAUAUAUCUCUAUAGAUAUAUUUAAAUGCAAUACUAUUUAGUGUUAUUCUAAAAAGUAAAUCAAUAAAUUGUUUUAUUUAAUAAAGAAUUGUUUUAAUUAAUAAAGAAACUAAGA